GCCUCCCCCCGAGCCUCCCCCCCGCUCCCGCCCGGCCACCCGCCGCAGAUGCCGCUUCCCCGGCGGCCGGGACGGCGGCCCCCGGCACCUGCCCGGCUCUGAGCUCCGCUGCCGGGCCCGGGGCAGGAAAGUUGGGGGGCUGCCGUUGAGCCCCUGCCAUGUUCUCCGUGCAGGAGGCGCUGCCCCGGGGGGGGCUGCCCAUGAAGGAAGAGCCGCUGACCGCCGGGCUGCCCUCCGUCCGCUGGCUGCAGGGCACCGGCAUCCUGGACGCCAGCACGGCGGCACAGAGCGGGGUGGGCCUGGCCCGAGCCCACUUUGAGAAGCAGCCCCCCUCCAACCUGCGGAAAUCCAAUUUCUUCCACUUUGUCCUGGCCAUGUACGACCGGCAGGGCCAGCCCGUGGAGAUCGAGCGCACCUCCUUCAUCGACUUCGUGGAGAAGGAGCGGGAGCAGAACGGCGAGAAAACCAACAACGGGAUCCACUACCGGCUCCAGCUGCUGUACAGCAACGGGCUCCGGACUGAGCAGGACCUCUACGUCCGCCUCAUCGACUCCAUGUCCAAGCAGGCCAUCAUCUACGAAGGGCAGGACAAGAACCCAGAGAUGUGCCGGGUCCUCCUCACCCACGAGAUCAUGUGCAGCCGCUGCUGUGACAAGAAGAGCUGCGGGAACCGCAACGAGACCCCCUCCGACCCUGUCAUCAUCGACAGGUUUUUCCUCAAGUUUUUCCUCAAAUGCAACCAAAACUGCCUGAAGAAUGCGGGGAACCCCCGGGAUAUGCGGCGCUUCCAGGUGGUCGUGUCGACGACGGUGAACGUGGACGGCCACGUCCUGGCUGUGUCUGACAACAUGUUUGUCCACAACAACUCCAAGCACGGGCGGCGGGCACGGCGCCUCGACCCCUCCGAAGCAGCCACCCCCUGCAUCAAAGCCAUCAGCCCCAGCGAGGGCUGGACCACCGGAGGUGCCACCGUCAUCGUCAUCGGCGACAACUUCUUCGAUGGGCUGCAGGUCGUCUUCGGCACCAUGCUGGUGUGGAGUGAGCUCAUCACACCUCACGCCAUCCGGGUGCAGACCCCUCCGCGGCACAUCCCCGGCGUGGUGGAGGUGACGCUCUCCUACAAGUCCAAGCAGUUCUGCAAGGGUGCCCCGGGACGCUUCGUCUACACCGCGCUGAACGAGCCCACCAUCGACUACGGGUUCCAGCGGCUGCAGAAGGUCAUCCCCCGGCACCCCGGGGACCCCGAGCGCCUGCCCAAGGAGGUCCUGCUGAAGCGGGCAGCCGACCUGGUGGAGGCUCUCUACGGGAUGCCGCACAGCAACCAGGACAUCAUCCUGAAGCGAGCGGCGGACAUUGCUGAGGCUCUCUACAGCGUCCCCCGCAACCCCAGCCAGCUCUCCUCGCUGGCCGGCACCCACGGCCCCGCCGGCAUGAUGGGGGUGAACUCCUUCGGCAGCCAGCUGGCCGUCAACAUCGGCGACUCACCACAGGGCACCGAGCAAGGCUACUCCCGAAACACGGGCAGCGUCUCGCCGCGGGGCUACGUGCCCAGCUCCACGCCGCAGCAGAGCAGCUACAGCAGCACCGCCGGCAUCAACGGCUAUGGCAGCGGCACCAUGGCCGGCCUGGGGGUGCCCGGCUCCCCCAGCUUCCUCAACGGCUCCACCGCCAACUCCCCCUACGCCAUCAUGCCCGCCAGCCCCCCGCUCGGCGCCUCCUCCAUCACCCUCCCGUCGGGCACCAACGCCUCCACCCCCACCGGGGUCUUCUCCUUCUCCCCCGUCAACAUGAUCUCGGCGGUGAAGCAGAAAAGCGCCUUCGCCCCCGUGGUGCGGCCGCAGACCUCCCCGCCGCCCGCCUGUGCCAGCACCAGCGGCAGCAGCCUGCAAGACCCGGCUUUCGAGGACUCGGACAAGUUCCACACGCCCGCGCGGCCGCUCCAGGGACUGGCCUAUUCCUAAGCACACCGUGCCCGGCCACCUCGUGCCGCCCACGGGAGCCGGGACGGUACCGGAGCCGCGACACGGAGCAGGACUGAGAGUGGCCUCGCACCCCGGUGGUACCGGCCCCUCCAACCCGCUCCUGGGGGGCUCCCGUGGGGAUCGGGGCGCACGGGGCUGUGGGACCCACCACGCCGCUGCCCUGCAGCCUCCCCAGCCCAGCCCCACGGAGCUCGGCCCCCUCGCAGGGGGGUGACCCUGGCCAGGACCAGCAUCGGCGUGGCGUGGCUCGGCUUGGCACGGUUCGGCUCGGAGGGCAGCCCCUCCUGGGGCCAGAGCCUUGGGGGGAGCCCCGGGAAUGACCCAAACGCUCUGGGUUUAGCCUCAGAAAGACACUGAGAGACCCGUGGGAGUGUGGGGCAGCGGCAGCCGUGGGCAGGAUGCUCCGAGGCGGGAGGGAUGGAUGCUCCGGGGCAGGAUGGGGUGAUGUUCCAGGGCGGGAUGGAUGCUCGGGGGUGGGAUGGAUGCUCCGGUGGGACCCAGCUCCCCCCCCCCCUUACACUUCCUGGCUGUCUCACCACCGUGGCCGGCACGCUCUCUCUCCCCAGAUGUGCAGCUCCACAUCUGGAGCCGCCCACCCGCAGCUCCCGGGCGGCCGAGGCCGGAUCUCUGCCUGCGCCCCGCGCCCCCGCGCAGGAUCGGGGCCUCGGCACCGCCCGGGUGGGGAGUCUGGGCUGCCCCGGCCCACCGAGCCAAGCCGCUGGCAUGGGGAUGGCACAGCUCCCAGCCCCAUCAGCUGCCAGGGCUGGCUGCCACAGGACACAGCCGCAGCUCUUUUCUCAUUAUUAUCACUAUUAUUAUUAUUAUUAACAUUAUUAUUAUUUUAGCAGCAGGCGAGUCAGUGGGUAGGGGCUCUGGCAGGGCAGGCAGGAGACCCCUGGCCCUGGCAGUGCCUGCUCCUGCCAGGGUCUUCCCUGUCCUCCCAGCCGGGAGGGAGCGGCCAGGAAUUUUGUAAAUAAAAAAAAAGGGAAAAAAAAAAACAAACCCAACCCCACUCCCCCCGGUCUGCAUCCCACCCGUGGGGGCAGCCCGUGUCCCCCCCUGCCCGUGUCUUGUGCCGCUGUGUGCCACAGUGAUGGUGACGCUGCCGUGCCCUGCUCAGUGUCAGCACGUGUGUGUCCCCCCCGUGCUGCCCCCAUUGCCCCUCGCUGGGAGCUGGGUCCUCACCCAAUGGCCCCAGCCCCUGCCAGGGCUGACCACGGGGGUCCCAGGGCCAGGGGCACCCCCCCCGCCUGCCCCUGGGGACAGGGUGCCCCUGCCGUGGUCCCGGUCCCCCCACAACAGUGGUGCAGGACAGCGGUGCCGGGGUCCCCCGGAGCAAGGGGGGGGGCUUUCUGACGUGGAAAUAAAAGGCCUUGCAGAAGG